GGCGGAGGAAGGCGCUCGCUCUCGGCGUCGUGGUUGAACCCAUCCGUGAUCAAACCGCGUCUAGCAGAGUCAUGGAAGACCAGGAGGACGGGACGACGAGCGUUGAAGAGUGCGGAGAAGACUGCCCAAGCAAGCACCAAGAGUUUCCAAAAGCGAUCCAAUCCGUGGAUGGAAAUCCAAAGCAGGGAUCGUUUCUCGCCCCAGUGACGUGUGCCCGUCCAGGAAUUGCAUAGGAUCGACCUUUGGGGACCGAGCUUGAAGGUCGUCGUGGUUCAGCUGGCUGGAACACAAUACAGUUUAAAAUGAUGGGGGACGACAUAUUCCUGGCCCCAGAGAUCACCAUGCACGAAGAGGCUGGUGAAAUCACCAUACAAGGUCAUCCAGAAGAGCUAGAAAUAGACGACUAUGAACCGGAGUUGCCCUUUGCUAAUGGGGAAAUUCCAGCCGAGAUUUCAAUCACCAAAGUAACAGGAACGAACCGAGCUACAUUGUCGGCUAAACCGAGGUUCAAUGUGAGGAAAGACAUGGGAAAUGGUGGGAACUUUGGAGGAAGUGGCUCGAUCAAUCACUUCCAUCAGAAUCGGCCUCCUCCAUUGAUCAGGGGUGGUCUGCCCCCUAUGCCAAGGCUACGAAUGGGUGGGCCUAGAUCUACUCAUCGCCCUGUGCAUCAAAAUCAUAAUCCCCUAUUAGGAAUGUUGAACAUGAUGGGAAGUCAACCUCUUCCGAACAUGCGUCCCAUGAAUAUGCAGUCCACCAGGCCACCAUACCCUUCUCAUCAUAUGAUGGGCAUGCCUCAACAACGAAACAUGCCCAGGCUUCCUCAAAUGCAAAUGAAUGGAAACGCAUUCCUUCCCACACAACCCCUUCCCAUACAACAGCAUCAACAACAACAACAACAACAACAACAGCAACAACAACAACAGAAGACCAUGAUCAAUGUUCCCUCCAAGGCUUAUAAUAACGUAGCUGCCAAGUUCGUUCAACGAGGGCAACAGGCUCAGCAAUCCAGUCAUCAUAGAGGGGCACAGUCUUCUUCCAUUCGAAGUCAUGGACCACCACCCAUGAUGAGAGCUGGUACGAGACCCCAAUUUCGGCCAAACCACCCACCGCGUAGCACGAACUCUUCUUAUACUAACGGCGUGAACCCAAAAGCUGUUCAAGUUAGAACUGUCUUUGUUCCCCCGCCCAUGGACCGAUCUGCACAUUCUCCUCACACAAGUCUGUCCAUGAACCAUCCCAACGGGUCCAAUGUGUUUCAAAAUCUAUAUCCAAACUCAAAUGGUUCUGGGACGACUUUCAGUGGAUUCACCCGCGAUUCUCAAAUCGGUGAUGUAGAAGAUAACCUCGCGGAAGAAGAGGAGUUAGAUGAUGUUGAGCCGGACGUGAAUCCCCAAACCAAUGAAGUGGAUGACGUGGAGCCAGACGACUACCAGCAGACCGAUUAUCGACAUGAGGUCACUAUCUCAAUCACCAGUGUGAAAAAGCAACCAAAUGACACUCGAGAAGCUGAGCCUGGUCCGUGUCAAAGCUCUGGCGAUCCUAAUCCUCAAAUCAAGAAAGCUCCUCGUACAGGUCCGAAUGGAAGGAGCAAAAAGAAGAAAAAGAAAAAGAAGGCCUUCAGGGGAAUCAACUAUAGGUUCGAUGGAUCCAGCAUCAAGAAAAGAUUGGCAAAGAAGCCCUCCGGAAGCUCGAACAAAUCCGACGAUCCCAAUGAUGUGAUGGUUCCUCUGAACAAUGGCUCGGCUCCAACUGACGAACGUGAUCCAUCUGUUUUGGCGUACCUCGGUAUCCAGAGGAAAGGAUCAACUGAAUCUAAAUCGGACUCGGUGGCUGAACCAAUGGAGAAUAGGCCUAAAGCCAAGAAGAGUUUUAAGCCAGCAAGCUCGAGGAAUGCCUCCAUGGAUGAUGCUUCCUCCAUCGAUUCUGGAACUGGUCUCAAACGAAGGCUGUCCCUUUCCGAGGUCCUUAGUUCUCAAAAGCGAAUUCGAUCCGAUUCACAGCAGUCUAUUACCAUUCGGCCUGGUCCUGCAGGUCAAGGGUCUCCCCCUGGCGUCGUCAAAAACGGCAUCAAUGGUCUUGACUUGGCCACCAACAAAGACCUCUCCAAGGACAGCGAAGAACCAGCUGUGACUUCAUCAAGGCUUCGGCCAAGAGAUCAAUCGAAAGUGCUUCAGUCUGACGUCGAGCUCCCUUUACAGCCUUGCGUGUGUUUUUGCGCUAAAUCGUCAAAGGAGCUUGCACUCUCCUUACAUCCGUCCAAGUCCUCUGGUCAAACUGUGAUCUGCCAAGCAGUGGAAGUUGUGGGAAGUAAUCGAGUAGGGUGUAAGAACCCCGUGAAAAACAUGAAAUAUCGACAAGUUCUCGAGAAUGGCAAGAAAUUCUUGUGCUGCGAUGCCCACAUUCAAAGGAUGAAAUCUCAUCAUUGCUGUGGAUUCUGUGGAGAAUUCUGUGCACACGGCUUGUUCUACAUGUGCCGUCCCAACAAGCGAUCACUGCCCCAUUUCUUCCACAAACAAUGCUACAUGAAGCAAGAGGCUGGUAACCGCAAAUGCCCUCAUUGUAAUUUGGGGGACAUCCCAAUCACCGUGCAAUUGAAGUUGUCUAUGACCAACGCUCCAUUGGCCUUGCUCCAAACCGUGUCGAAGAUGUCCUUCGUCAAGGAUAAGACGAAAAAGUCGGACCUGAUUCUCAGAGGCAGCAAAGAAGCCGUGACCUACAAGAUGAUCAACGGCAAAAUCAUCUCUUCCGAAGGGUUGCCUGAGGGAAUCGGUGAGGAGGCUUUGAAGAAGAUCCUUGGCACCCUCGAGGACAAACAAAACCUCAAACAUGCCACGAGGAACAUGUUCGUACCUGUAAAAUCAGGGGACAACGUCAAACUUGUUCAACUCCUCUCCUUGGGAUAUUCUCCCAAUCAGCAAUUCACUGAGGCCGAUGGAGGGUCCCCUCUGCACGUGGCUGCCAGCGAAGGUCACACUCUAACAGCACACAUCCUCGUUCAAGCGGGCACGGAACUAGACACGCUCGAUGACGGACAGAACUCUGCUCUGAUGAUAGCCAGUAUUAAAGGCAAGCACGAAGUGGUGAAAUACCUUCUUCAAGCCGGUGCAGAUCCCACUCUCCGGGGUGAUGACGGGAUGACCUGUCUGCAUUUAGCCACCCAAAGUGGCCACCUAGAAUGCUCCCAUGUGAUACUCAACCAAACCAAUUUGCCUCGCAAUUUCAUGAAUCUCCAAGAUGAAGGGGGAUGGACUCCGCUUGUUUGGGCUUGCGAAAACAAGCACGAACCUGUCAUCAAGUAUCUGCUCUCAAGAGGGGCCAACCCUUUGAUCACGGAUGCUGAAGGGAACAUAGCGCUACAUUGGGCCGCAUUGGCGGGAUCCAGACAUACUUGCGAAUUAUUGAUCAACGCCGGUUGUCAUGUAAACGCCACCAAUAGCAUUGGCGAAACCCCUCUUCACAUUGCUUUACGACAAGACCAUUACGAGUGCGUUGUCCUGUUCCUAAUGCGGAAAGCCCGAUUAGAUAUUCGCAACCAGAGCGGCCAAUUACCACAAGAUUGCAUGGUCUCUAAAGAUGUCCAAUGCACUUCCAUCGUCAAUCUGAGCACCACCCUUCAAAACAUGAUGAAGGAUUGCAAGCAGUCUAAUGUGGAACGGAUCGUUUGUAAUGACCUGACUCACGCCAAAGAAACCAAUCCCAUCCAAUGUGUGAAUAGCAUAGACGACGCCAAGGAGCCCGAGGAUUACGUGUAUGUGAGCAAAAAUUGUGUCACAAACGCUGUUCCCAUUGAUACCAACAUAUCUAAGCUACAACAUUGUCAAUGCUCGGACACGUGUUCAUCUGAGGACUCUUGUCAUUGCUCGGACCUAAGCGUCAAAUCUUGGUACGACAUGGAAGGUCGCCUCAAGGAGGGAUUCGAUUUCAAGGAUCCCCCACUAAUCUUCGAAUGCAACGAAAUGUGUCGUUGUAACGUGGCUCUCUGUCACAAUCGGGUCCUCCAACACGGAAUCACGGCCCGUUUACAAGUGUAUCGAACCUACGGAAUGGGUUGGGGCGUGAAAGCCGUGGCUCCAAUUCAAAAGGGUUCCUUCGUUUGUGAAUAUGUCGGAGAACUGAUCUCAGAUUCUGAAGCAGACACGAGGGAAGAUUCUUACCUCUUUGAUCUCGAUAAUAGGGAUGACGAAACAUUUUGUAUUGAUGCCAAUCGCUAUGGGAACAUUGCUCGAUUCAUUAAUCAUUGUUGCACACCCAAUCUGGUUCCGGUGAAAGUAUUUUCCAACCACCAAGACCUGCGGUUCCCUCAUAUAGCCCUUUUUGCAUCUCGCAACAUUGCCAAAGGCGAAGAGUUAGGGUUCGAUUACGGUGAAAAAUUUUGGGUUAUCAAGCAUAAGCAGUUCACAUGUCAUUGUGCCAGUGAAAAGUGCAAGUACAAUCGCAACAACAUCCAGAGCUUUCUGAAAGAGUAUUACAAAAAAAUUGGUGAGAAGCAACCAAUUUGUGAGCUACCUCCUCAACCCGCCAAGGCCGCCGUCAAGGCUCCUUCUUUAGAAGCAGCCAAAGACACCAAGGAGGAGGCUCCCUCAUUACCUUCAGACCAAGUUGAGGCUCCGAGUCGAUCAUCUUACGUCAAAAACGGACUCGACGAUGCCUUUGUCCAAGUGAAGGAAGAAUUGGCCGAGGAUAGUGAAAUAAAAGACGAAAUAGAAGGCCAACAAGCAACAACAGAGGAGCCAGCUCCUGAAAAUAACAAGCCUGAGGUGACAAAGAAAGCUACCGAAAAUGUCAAACCUGAAGUUGCAAAAAAGUCCGAGGAGAAAAGAUCGAGUUCUGCCGCUUCUAAUACGCCAACGUCUUCUUUGAGAAC